GCGCGUGCAGCUGCGUCUGUCACUCCGCGCAUGCGCAGUAGUGGCUGGACGCGGCCCGGGAUGUCCGGCCGGGUGAAGCGGGAGCGGGAGUCCCGGCCGUCCCCGCGGAGCUCGGCCUCGGGCCGGGUGAAGCGGGAGCCGGCGGGGUCGCGCGGCUCCUCCCGAGGGAAGCGCGAGGCGGAGCCCGAGCGGGUCCGGGUGAAGCGCGAGCCCGAGGACGGGCCGCCCCGGGCCAAGCGGGAGCGCGAGGCCGAGGAGGAGCCGGAGUCGGAGCCGGAGCCGACAGUGAGAUAUGGCCGAUUUGAUCCCGAGGACCGGCGCAGCAGACACUGCCCAUACCUGGACACUAUUAACAGGAGUGUUCUGGAUUUUGACUUUGAGAAGCUGUGCUCCAUCUCACUCUCGCAUAUAAACGUCUAUGCUUGCCUGGUGUGUGGGAAGUACUUCCAGGGCCGUGGGUUGAAGUCUCACGCUUACAUUCACAGCGUACAGUUCAGCCAUCACGUCUUUCUGAACCUCCACACCCUCAAGUUCUACUGUCUGCCAGACAACUACGAGAUCAUUGACUCCUCGCUGGAGGACAUCACUUAUGUGUUGAAGCCCACUUUCACCAAGCAGCAAAUCGCCAAUUUGGACAAACAAGCCAAACUUUCGCGGGCAUAUGAUGGCACCACUUACCUGCCUGGCAUUGUGGGACUGAAUAACAUCAAGGCCAAUGACUAUGCCAAUGCAGUACUCCAGGCCUUGUCUAACGUCCCACCUCUGCGGAACUACUUCCUGGAGGAGGAGAACUACAAGAACAUCAAGCGCCCACCAGGGGACAUCAUGUUCCUGCUCGUUCAGAGGUUUGGAGAGCUGAUGAGGAAGCUGUGGAACCCCCGAAAUUUCAAGGCUCACGUCUCUCCCCAUGAAAUGCUGCAGGCUGUGGUCCUGUGCAGUAAGAAGACCUUCCAGAUUACCAAGCAAGGUGAUGGCGUUGACUUCCUCUCCUGGUUUCUAAAUGCCUUGCACUCUGCUCUUGGCGGGACAAAGAAGAAGAAAAAGACCAUUGUGACCGACGUGUUCCAAGGCUCCAUGCGGAUCUUUACCAAAAAGCUUCCACACCCUGACCUGCCAGCAGAGGAGAAGGAGCAGCUGCUGCAAAAUGAUGAGUACCAGGAGACAAUGGUGGAAUCCACCUUCAUGUACCUGACCCUCGACCUCCCCACUGCCCCGCUGUACAAGGACGAGAAGGAGCAGCUGAUCAUCCCCCAGGUGCCGCUCUUCAACAUCCUGGCCAAGUUCAACGGCAUCACUGAGAAGGAGUAUAAAACCUACAAGGAGAAUUUUCUCAAGCGCUUCCAGCUGACCAAGCUGCCUCCCUACCUCAUCUUCUGCAUCAAGCGGUUCACCAAGAACAACUUCUUUGUGGAGAAGAACCCCACCAUCGUCAACUUCCCCAUCACGAACGUGGAUCUCCGGGAGUACCUGUCCGAGGAAGUGCAGGCCGUGCACAAGAACACCACCUACGACCUCAUCGCCAACAUCGUGCAUGAUGGGAAACCCACCGAGGGCUCCUACAGAAUUCACGUGCUGCAUCAUGGCACGGGCAAGUGGUAUGAGCUGCAAGACUUACAGGUGACCGAUAUCCUGCCCCAGAUGAUAACGCUCUCAGAGGCCUAUAUCCAGAUCUGGAAGAGGCGGGAUGAGGAUGAGACCAACCAGCAGGGGGCAUGAGAGGAGAGCAGAGUGCUACAGAUGUUUACUACCAUCCUCUCCAGGGAACCGGGGGAGAGACUGGGACGCUGCCCCCCCCCCCAGCUGGACAGCGCUUCUCAUCCCCGGCCUUGCACAAUACGUGUCAGCAGGACGCAGACCGAUCAGCUUCUCCACCAGCCUCUGAGGGGACGGUGGGAUGGAUCACCCAGUGCCCUUCUGCUGCUCAGCU